UCAUUCGCACACCACAUAAGCCCAUCACAAAAAUCACAAACCCAAAAGGCUAGCUCAAAACAUAAGCCAUAGCAAACAAGCAAGCAUAGGCACAGUGCACUUCUCCCAUAGCAGUAGAAGAGGAUCAACAACACAACAUGCUUCCUCUGGUGAACAUGCAAGCUCCUGAUCAUAACCAUCAUCCAGAUAAGACUACUAGGCAGAUGGAGAUGAUGAGGAAAGUUUCCAUCUCCAUCAUAGUCAUGGCGCUUCCGGUGCUCUACGCAUCGGUGCUCCGAGUCCCGCCGGCAACGCUUUUAAGGGACACCACCUUCUGGUUCCUCUUCUCCAACUCCAUCAUCGUCUUCAUCGCCGCCGACUCUGGCACGCUCUUCUUCACCCCAUCCUCCUCCUCUAGCUCCGACCACGCCGUAGACGACGACCGCCCCUUCGUCGUCUCCGUCUCCGGCGACUUCGCACCGCCAACAAUGGUUCUAGACGAGUACUCCGGCGCCAACGACGGCCACGGCGAUGCGGCGGCCGCCAUUGACGAACAUGAUGUGAACAUGCCGGAGAGGGAAGAGACGACGGCCAUGGCCAUGUGGAUGAGCGCGCCGCCGUCCUCUGCACUCACCGCCGGCGUCGAUUCCGGGGCCACGGUGAGGCCGGCGAUGCGGCGGCGGCGGCGGAGCAGGUCGCACAGCUCGCGCGCGCUCGUCGUGGCUCCUCCGCCGGAGCAGGAGGAGAAGAGCGUGGUGGUGCAGGAGGAGACGACGACCAAGCAGCUCCGGCGGACGGCGACGGAGCCCCGGCCGCCGGCGCCGGAGAAGAAGGAGAAGGAAGAUGAGGAGAGCGAGUACUACGCGCGGCUGUCGGACGAGGAGCUGAACCGGAGGGUGGAGGACUUCAUCGCCCGGUUCAACAGGGAGAUCCGGCUGCAAGUCGAGCGAGAAGACCAGCAAACUCUACCGCAAGCAGCAGCCUGAGAUCGGUCGACGGACGUGGCACGCCACGUCACGUGCACACGUGGCACGGCACGACACGUGCUGCAAGGUCAACACCCAGUUCAGAAAUUCUGAAUUCCGGCUACCGUCUGUACAAACAAAGCUGAAGCCUGAAGCUCGAGUUAAAUUUCUGCUUGUAAGUAAAGUAAGAACAGAGUAUUAUUACUCCAGUCAGUAGUAAGCAGUGCUGUACUAGCUUUCUUCUUGUGAUGUAGAGUGAGAGCAGAGGAAUUAAGGUAGAGAGACUGCACUGCAGUGCUUGAUAUAUGAGGCUUGGAAUCUUGGAUUUUGCAUGCAUGCAUUGGAACAGUCAAUAAAGAGAGAAAUAGGGAGCAAUCUGUGUGUCCUCUUCCUGCAUGAAGAUCUUGUCCUGUCAUCCUGUGUAAAGUGGACCCAUCUUAAGAAAAUAUAUAUUUGUAAUUAAAGUUGCACAAAUA